AUGUCCACCGACUGCGAACCAAGCGUGCGAGACUUUGGACGACCCAACGUUACCUUCGACGGUGGAGUGUCGCUGCGACCGGGACAGAAAUCUUUGCCCGUUGACCUUAGACAUUGCAGCACACUCAACGUUGAUCGCUUGCCAAGCAGAAGGUCGUCGCUCGAGCUUGGAGGACCAAUCGAAGCAGCUGCGACAUCAUACUACAAUGGACCACCAGAUGACAGAGCCGAGGAGACGCCCUCAAUCGUCGCAUCAACGACCUCCCGAGAUGCAUCGCCAAGUCCUCAGAACCCCGAGCGACGACUCACUCGUCAGAAAAGCACCAUUCAGAGUGUCAACUCAACCAGGACCCUCUACAAACUCAAGAACAUCCGAAUGUUCAGCAGUCCACUUCGAAGAUAG